GUAGAAAGUGCAUCGCGUAUACGAAUACGUUGCCUUACGGUAAAGCCAAUCUGAUCUCCGCGCAGUCCGCUACGGUAUACCAAAUUGGUCAGUAUCCUCAGUAUAAAAUCUGCAGUGUAAAGCGCGUUGGGUAAUCCUCACGGCGAAUGAACAGAAUGGGGGAGAUUCUUUUUGAGCAGGACGUUCUCAGACUAGGUACAAGGGGGGCCAUGUGUAUGCUGGAUUUCGUUCCAAUUUAUCUUUAGUUCAAUUAAGGUAGGCUAAUUGAACAGGUGUUUAAAUUCUUUCAUUGUCCUUGACACAAUGCAGGCAUGGCUCGUUAUCAUUUGCUUUCUAUUAUAAGUAUUCCUUAUGUACAAAAUGGUUCGUUUUUUAGUGACCUUGUGUCCACGCGCUCAUCAAUUCGGGGCCUGUUGAUUAAUCCCAGUUUUUAAUUUCAUCAGUUAAACAUUACCUCUCCUUAUGUAUGCCUAAUCGUUUGCAAAAUAGCACAGCGUGAAUGUGGGACUUUUAUUCUUCACGACAUGCGUAGCUAUUUCGGACAUACUGUGACAAAGAGGAUAUAUAGGCUAAUCCAUCAAAACAUGAAAAACAGAAUUAAGAAAAGUCAACACCUUGUUAAAAUUGUAGGUUUGCAGUUGUGACUGGAACAAAAAGUAGCAUACACCGCGGUCCUCCAGGGCAGAUUUUGACAGCCACUGUCUGAGAGUAAACAAGCCCCUUUGGCACUGGCUGUGUUGCUGCCGAUACAACAGGAGACACUUCUGUUAUGAGAAAGCAGGGGCUGCAAUCCGACAAGUAAGGUCGCUGAAAGAGACACUGUCGUUUAAAAAUAAGCAGCAGGAACCAGCAGCACAGUUUCGAGGGAUGGAAAGUAGCAGUAUGAAAGCAUUGGCUAGUCUUCUUCUAGGCCUGGUAGUUGGGUUUUCUCUGGCUUCCAAAUUUAUUAUGACCCGACCCAGAGAAAUGCAGAAAACUGUUCUGAAACACCGGACUAGCGGCGGCAGCGGACUACUGUGGACACCGCAGGACAACGAUUUUGUGACAGCUCUGAAGAAUUCCCCGAGGCCCAGUAACUUCAUAUUCAUCGGUGUUAUGACUGCGCAAAAAUACCUAAAUAACCGAGCCAUAGCAGCUCAUAGGACCUGGGCUCAGACUGUCCCAGGCCGGUUGCUGUUCUUCUCCAGCGAGGGUUCAGACACCUCUCUCCCACUCCCUGUGGUGCCUCUUCAGAAGGUGGAUGACUCCUACCCACCGCAGAAGAAGUCAUUCAUGAUGCUUAAGUACAUGCAUGACCAUUACCUGGACCAGUACGAGUGGUUCAUGCGGGUGGACGAUGACAUCUACAUCCAUACUGAGCGUCUGGAGAGCUUCUUGCGCAGCUUGAAUAGCAGCAAGGCCUUUCUGCUUGGCCAGACAGGCACAGGGGCCCAAGACGAGCUGGACACGUUGGCACUAGAGCCCGGAGAAAACUUCUGCAUGGGGGGCCCUGGGGUGGUGAUGAGCCGAGAAGUGCUGCGUCGAAUGGCCCCCCACAUCAGCCAGUGCCUGCGGGAGAUGCACACCCGCCAUGAGGAUGUGGAGCUAGGCCGCUGUGUUCGCAGGUUUGCUGGCGUGCAAUGCGUUUGGUCCUAUGAGAUGCAGUACCUGUUUUAUCAGAACUACGAACCUGAUAAGAAAGGGUUCAUCGAGGAUCUGAGCAACAGUAAGCUCUACCAAGCCAUCACCCUGCACCCCAACAAGAGCCCGCCGCACCUGUACCGCCUGCACAGCUUCAUGCUGAGCCGCAAGAUGACCGAGCUGCAGCACCGUACCAUCCGGCUGCACCGCGAGAUCCUGCAGAUGAGUCACCUCACCAACACCACGCCACACAACGAGGACCUGCGGCUGGGCGCCGCCCCUGGCUUCACCGGCCUCCCGUCGAGGCGACGGCAGGAGGUCCUGGAGUGGGAGUUCUUCACUGACGCACAUCUCUACUCCGCCUCCGACCGGCACCCACCACGCCGUGCCCUCAGCCCCCCUCUGAAGGCGGCGCUUGAUGACAUAAUCGUGCAGGUGAUGGAGACGCUCAACGCCAAUGGCAAGGCCAGGGAGCACGUCGUUGAUUUCAAGAAGAUCCUUUAUGGUUAUCGCAGGGUGGAUGCACUACACAGGGCCGAGUACAUCCUGGACCUCCUGCUGCUGUACCGGAGGCUGAAGGGGCCGGGCGUGGCAGUGCCCGUGAGGAGACACGCCUACCUGCUACAGGCCUUCAGCAGGGCUUUCUUUCGGGAGGAGAGCGACAUGGACGCUGCGCUGCUGGCAGGCAGGAUAGACCAGGACUCCGGCCCCAUCGCCUUCUUCCACAAAUCCCUUGGGAGGCUCUAUCCGUUUCGGCUGGGUGACCCCAGCUCAGACUUGAGACCCGGUCUGCCGAGGGUCAACAUCCUGGUUCCACUCUCUGGAAGAUAUGAGGUCUUCGUCCGCUUUAUGGCCAACUUUGAGAAGGUAUGCCUUGCCUCCAAGCAGGCUGUGAAGCUGCUGGUCCUGCUGUUUAGUGCCGAGGAUGAGGCCGAAAGCAAGAGUGGGGGGGCAGAGACAGUCAGACACACUGAGCUGGUGACAAAGUACCACAGGAAGUAUCCUUGGGCAGAUAUUGCAGUCCAGCCUGUAGAAGGCCCCUUUUCCCGGGGGCUGGCCCUACACAUAGGCUCCUCCCACUUCUCCCACAACUCUCUGCUUUUCUUCUGUGAUGUGGACUUGCUGUUUACAGCUGAUUUCUUGAAGAGGUGUAGCGAUAAUACCAUAUUUGGGGAGCAGGCGUACUUCCCUGUCAUUUUCAGCCAGUAUGACCCCAAGCUGGAAGGGGGAGCCAGCAACAGCCCGUAUGUGUUCACCACCAAAACAGGGCUGUGGAGACACUACGGCUUUGGCAUAGUGUGUGUGUACAAAGGUGACCUUGUGCGAGCAGGAGGCGUUGAUGUCUCCAUACAAGGGUGGGGCCUGGAGGACGUGGAUCUUUUUAAUAAAUUUAUCCAAUCGGGGACAAGAGUGUUCAGGAGUGCUGACCCUGGGAUUGUGCAUAUGCACCACCCUGUAGUGUGUGACCCCCAGCUGGAUGCCGGACGCUAUAAGAUGUGCUUGGGCUCCAGAGCCUCCUCCUACGCAGACACCCUCCAACUGGCACAACUGUGGCUGGAAAAGAAUCGUCAGGGCUUCCACAGGACCAAUAUCACACAUUCACAUGUUGACUAAUCUAUUUUCAUGAGGAAGAAAUUAAAUGACUGCACACCCUUUCUGACAAGAGUAUCGGUAAAUGUCAAGAGCAUCUUCAAUUCAGUUAAAAAAUAAUGUAUUUCUGAAUAAGCAUGAGAAUGCAAAGAUGUAUUCUAUUUUUUAUUCUACAUCCAGUCCAAACGUUCUCUGUGGCGGAAACUGGGGGAGGCCUGUCUUACUGCUCUGUGAUGUAUGUACAGGUAAAGCCCCAGUUCAAAACAAAGUGCUGCUACUUAA